CCGCGUUCGGUACUGGAACUGCGCCUACGGGAGGGCAGGGGGGUGCGCUGUCUCGAUAUCGUUGGCUGCGAUGGUCGAGAGCAACGACGCUGGUCGACGGGGGGUCUUGGCCCGGCGAUGAAACCGCGCUUGUUUCUUACCAGCACCCACGACUUCUCGGUGCUGGAUUAUCCUUCUUUUUUGUUGUUCUCUUUUUUUGCGUACGCCAAUUUUUUUGUUUGUUUUCGUCGGGCGGGUGGGCAGGGUUGCCUGGCUGACUUAUGUUGGUGAUGCUUUGAUUUGGCGUGGGGUCGCGUGGUGUUUCUGACUUUGGUCUGCUACAUACACGCGUCCACGCGGUCACGAUGACAGCGGUUUUCAGGUGUCGUUAUGUGAAGUCGGUUUCGCCCGUCACCCAACUUGGCGUUUUUCGUCCGUUGGAACCACUUGCAGGCACGUGCUAAACGACGUUUGCACUACCGCUGUGGGACCGUCGAGUGGUGUGAGCGUCGGUGCAUCGCUCACGUGCUUGUAGUGAAGGAAGGGCGGUGUGUGUUUUCGUUGGAGGAUUAUUGUUCCGAGAAGCGAAAGCGGGGAUGGUGUUGAGGCAUCCGCGACCGCGAAAAUAUUGAUUCGGGCGGGGGGUGGGGGGGGGGGGGUGAUGUAAGCGUGCAGGAAGACGCCCUCGUAAAACACAGUGACCUUGCUUACCUUUUUUGGGAGAGGACACCAAACCCUGUGAUUUUUGGGGCGGCGCGGUAAUGCAUCAGAUAUACAUAUAAAUACGUGAAGGAAAGAGUGAAGCCAAGGGCGAGUGUCAAAGUAGUGUCGGGAGAAAUCACGAAUCGAGAGACGUCGCUGCAAGUUGUUUAAGAGGGCUAGAAGUGGGAGGUGUAACCCGGGGAGGGGGUGAGCAGUCUUGAGUACAACACCUGAUAGUGACGCGUCUCAGCCCGCUGCUAGCUCCGUGGGCAGUGGAAGGGGGUUUGUGCGUGCUGGGGUGUGUUUCGAAGAAUUAAAGAAAAAAAAGGAUACGCACGCCGACGCCGCCCGCGAUUCCACUUUCUUUCAACAACGGCAGUAGUGGCGUUUCGUUCUUGUUGUGCUCCAGUGUCUGGGGGGGGGAGGUGGCACGCCGAGGAAGCUUGGGCUUGGACAAAACGUCUGAAUACUAAUGAAAAUAAAUAUGUUGAUGCGUUGUUCUGUGGGUUGGGCGCGAUUGGAGAUGGCUACUAAAAACGAUGUCAGUUUCAUUUUUUCAUGUACUUGGUAUAUACGUGAAAAAAAACAAAAAAAACGUGUGCAGCAGGCGUUUGUGUGGUGAUAAAAGUAGCUCGUUACAUUCGUGUAGAAGCGUUUCUUUCUGAACUUGUUUCUUUUUGAACUCGCUUUCAUGUCUUCUUCCUUUUUCUCACUGCUGUUGGAGUUUAUAGAUUCUCCCCCGCGGAAUGUGUAACGCGCAUGGUAUUGACCGUUCGCGUCUUGCGCCUUCUGGAUAGAAAAAGUGUAGAACUAAGGAGUGGCGUGAGUGACUCGCUUGUUGCCACAGACACAACACACCUCCGUUGAGUGGGUGAGUUGUGUUUCAGCCUACUCGAUCGGGCGGCGCGCGGAUGGAUCACCAUGGCUUAGAUCAUAUGAUGAGAUACAAGCAAAGGAGGAUUGACUCUCACUGCUGGUGCUGCUGGCUAUCGUGUGUUUUUUCCCCUGUGGGUUCGUGCGUUGUUGCUGCUCCUCGCUCUGUUUUCUCCCUGCCGGUCGAGGUUCAUUUUUUUGUUUUCGUAGGAGAUUGUGUGAGUUGAGUACGACAUGCAGAGAGGCAACUCACCUGUUCAAUGUGACAGUCAAAUCACCCGAU